AUGCACGUGUCACCAUCGCUUCUCAUUACUCUGGGAUGUCUUUCAUCCGCUUUGGCAGCCCCUCAUCCCAGAGUCCAUAGCCCUGACCACUUUUGGGGGGCAUACUCCGGCGGAGCGGACGAUGAAUGGGGACUCUGUCAAAACCUAGGGCCCCGCUGCGGUCCAAACGAUAUCGAUAAGCUGGCCAAUGUUGGAGUGGAGAUCUUGCGGAUUCCAACGACAUACGCCUCCUGGGUCAAAGUUCCUGGCUCCCAGCUUUAUUCGGGAAACCAGACUGCCUACCUCAAGCAAAUAGCGGACUAUGCGAUCACCAAAUAUGGAAUGCACAUCAUUGUGGAUGUCCACUCACUUCCCGGUGGGAUUAACGGCCUCACGAUUGACGAGGCGACUGGCCACUGGGGCUGGUACUACAACGACACCGCAUUCGAUUACUCCAUGCAAGUCGUCAAUGCUGUCAUCUCCUUCGGAAGCUUCAAACAGGGGCAGUACUGGUCCGACCAGCUCCCCGCCAAUGCAAACUUGGUCAUUGACGUCCACACCUACUAUUUCGAACGCAAUGUCACCUCGGAGAGCCUGCCGAGCCAUUUGUACUCGGACGCGCGGUGGUUUAUUCAAACGCAAUCUCGCAACUCCUUCGCUCUUCGGGAGAGGAAUCUGGAUGCCGGCUUCGAUGCCAUGUACAAAUAUUCACAUGGGAGCUGUUACUGGACGGCGAAGUGCUCGGAGAACGCUACGGUGACUGGGCAAGGAUCCCAAAAGGACUACUGGAACCUUGAGUAUUUCAUCGACCAAGGGCGUAUUGACCUGAGUAGAUUUCAUAAUACGGAGUGAAAUGAUAAGUGCACUUGUCCUGAGGGCUGAGUGAAUUCAAAGUCAUUUGUCCAUAAGACCUGUAUACCUAAAUAAUAAUGUUCAUAAGAUUCCCACCAAAACCAAUCUUGCAAUUUGACGCUCACUAAACAAGUAGCUGUAGCCCAAUUUUGAUCGCUAUAACACAGGAAGCAAGGAAUGUACAGCAUACACAAUUUACACGCACACACAAAAAUAACUAAACCAAAGAUGGAAAAUGAAAGGCCGCCUUGUGAUCGCUCAUCAGACGAGACAAUAAUCUAUCCACUACUUUUGCACCCUCGCACCCAUUCAUCCAAUCCGCAAAAAUAUAGAGUCCAUAAGUCGGUAGUCGGUGGUACCCAUAACGCAUAGAAAUCGGCGUAGCGCAGCAUCGUAGAAAAACAAGCACAGGCACGUGCCCCAAUCAAGGUUGGGGGGGAGGAAAGCGAAGUCCAAAAAAACAGGAAGAACCAAACCCCACAAAUGCAGGAUUCUACUCCGUGAACCG